GCUGUCUACCAGCCCUGACCUUCGUCCAAACGGCUGGAUCUUACGUGACGUCACCGAUGGAAUCAAAGUUGUGGUGACACGCCGGAGUUUGGCGGAGGUUGCGCCUGGCUCUAGGCCGAGAGAGUAGUCAUCUACGUCCAGUUCGACUUGGGAAAACAGGCCCAAAAGUCGACGCGUUCAUAGUAGACAUUUGCCGACGACCACUGUAACCAAGUGCGAGUACGUACCGCCAUCAGAGAUGAACGUCUUCAGAAUAAGCAGGCUCUCGCCGCCGAGGAGGCCGAACUUCACGACGACAGUGGCGUGCCUGCUGCGCCAUGUGUACGCCUUCGUCACCCUGUUCCUGCUGUUCUCCGAGGCCGACCGCGUCCCCGGCGGGAGAGCCAGCGGGGUUGGCCACGCGAUGCCCGCGGCCGGGAGGGUGAACAUUCCCGCCAUCCUCACCGAGAGAGACGCAGCGAGUUUCCUGGAGAGGCUGGGGUACUUCCAGCCGGUAGACUGGGAGUCCACGCUUGAUCGGUCGCGGCAGACGAUAUUUGAACCCGAGGACGUUGCGCCAGACAUAUUCUCAGACUUCGACCCCUCGGUCAUGGUGGAGGAGGUGGAGGGCAUGGGGAGAGACGGCGAGCCGACGAUUGGCGUGGACGACGAGGAGUUCAAGGAGGCCAUCAGAAAGUUUCAGCAGGCAAACAACCUCACCGUCACCGGCGUGCUGGACGACGCGACCAGGAAUAAAAUGAACGAGCCGAGAUGCGGCAAUCCCGAUCACACGCUGGCCAAAAACGGCACGAAAGCGGCGCCGCUAGCGGCGUCUAACAUCACAAGCGAUUCCUUUGCCGAUACAAACGCGACGUCUAAUAAUGCAACUGUUCACGUAGAGAAGCGGGCCACGGAAGAUGCUUCCGCAGGCAGCAGUAGAAAGCGUCAAAGCGUCCUGAAAACGUGGAUGGAGAGGCAGGAAGAGAGGAGAAAAAAGCGCGGCAUUUUCGUGAAUAACUACGUGACGUGGAGGCUGUUGGGAGAGGGCUACAGCUCGCAGUUGGACGCGGACCUCCAGCUCGCCGUGAUCCAGCAAGCCUUUCGGAUGUGGAGCGAGGUCAUCCCGCCGCUCUUCAGACCGGACCACGUCUCGCACAUCGAGGAGGUGGACGUCAACCUGGCGUUUGGCAGGGACCGUCACUCAGCCUGGGGUGGAGCUACGGCGGUGAGACACUUGGGUUGCCCGAAUGAGUUCCAAGAACAAGAAUAUGCGCAUGCGUUCGACGAGGCUGCGGAGGUCCAUAUCAACGACCAGAUCCAACCUUACACCGUCAACCGGCCGGACGGCAUCAGCCUGCUCAAGGUAGCGGUGCACGAGAUCGGUCACAUCCUGGGGCUCGGCCAUCACGAGUGGGCCAACUCCGUCAUGCAGCCCAACUACGCGCCGCAGCCUUACAACUUCGAGAUCGGCGCCGAGGACAGACGGGCUGUGCAGGAGCUCGGUUAUGGAAAAUGCGAAGAGCGGUUCGACACCGUGUUCGACUGGGUCCGACCGAACCGAGACGAGAACGGCUACAUGAUGGGAGUCAUCUACAACACCUUCUUCUUCUCCGACGGUCGCUACUGGAUGUACGAGAACUCCAAGGGACGGACGCGGUACGGAGACCCCCUCCUGAUCCGCGGGGGCUGGCAGGGCAUCGCGGCACGGCAGAUCGACGGGAUCCUCCACGUCUGGUCAAGGACAUGGGACGUCCUCUUCUUCUUUGCAGGUGAUUCGUAUUGGGAGUACGACAGCGAGCAGGAACAGAUCUACACACACGACGCCAACGGAAACCCCUUCCCCAACCUCAUCAGCUACGGGUUUCCCGGCAUCCCAGACAACAUCGACACCGUCUACUACAACAGAACUGCGGGAUACACCUACUUCUUCAAGGAUCACCUGGUGUACCAGUACGAAGUCGAGCGGCAGAGAGUGAGUCCGGGCUUCCCCAAGGAAAUCAGCGAGGUGUUCCCCGGCGUGCCCAACAACCUGGACGCCGCCUAUUACUCCUACACGCACCAGACCACGUUUUUCCUGAAGGGGUUCGACUACUGGAGUAUAAACGUCUCGACAGCGGCGAUAGACGGACCGUUCACCGUCAACGAACAGUGGCAGGACAUUUGUAAGGUGUGGAUGUGGGAGCUGGACGGGUCGUAGAACACAGUUUUCUUGCCUCUGCACGUCACGCGGAAAAAAACUUCACAGAAGCUUUCUUGACCCUCUUGUCGCUUCAACGGUUAGUGGAUCUAUGCAGCCCCCCUCCCCCACGAGUGGUCCCUGUCAUGGCAUAGGGCAAUUUUGUGCAAUACGAGUUUCACGAAAGACCACGUUGGCUUGUCUGCGCUUCGAGGAAGCAGAUGUCUAAGAGACAUGUACAAUGUAGGAUUUGUUAUGUUUUCACUAAGAUGUACGAAUUGUCGACUCAACAGAGGGAAUUGUUAACGAUAGCCGUCUCUGACGAGGCCCUUAGCUAUGAUGAUGUAUGUUGUUCUUGUCGCCUUCUCGGACAGUCUUAACUACUAUUUCAGCAUCUAAAACCCUUUAUUUUGGUUAAGUACUGAGAGCAAAUUUCUGCUCAGAGACAACCUUGCUGUAAGUGAAGGGAAUGUCGUCCUACAAAUUGAUUCACUUUUUGCUAUCUCAGGAACUCCUGUCUAAUCAUGUAUGUGUCAUUUGUACUACAUUUUUGACAAUGAUGAAAUUUUGUGUAUUUAAGAUAUUUGCCCCUUGUUGUAAUGUCACGUGUCCUGGUGGAUACAGUAUUUAUACCCAUAGGCAUUGGUAAAUGGGCCUAUGUAUGAUGUAUGUGUGGAUGGAACAGUCUUAGACCGUAAACAGUUUCAAAUCUUUAAUGUAAGAACCCGACAAGUGAGUGUUGGUAGUGUACCGGUUCAAUGAUGCCCUGUGCAAUAGUGCCUGCGGAGUGACAAUCACACAGAAAAUCAUUCUCCAAGUUCAGAUUCUGGAACAGAAGUCUGCAGGGCGGUGUAGGGGGCGUGGUCAAACAAGGAGCCCCGCCCACAUGACAACAACGACGUUUCAAGUUUAGUUCAAACUUUUCGGCGUUAGCUUUAUUUCUUCGCUUGUGAUAUAUGUUCAUUCUUAAGCUUUAUCAUGCCACAGCUUAAAUUAUUCUUUAAAGUUAUAUUCAUACAGCUUUUAUUUACAAACGACAACCGACUGGCUACAUGUUGCACAUGUACGUGUUGGGCAAAUAAGAUGUCUGUAGUAUGUCUUUUGUUCACGUUUAAACACUAUGUUCAGAGAGUAUACUAUACCUGUUCGUCGUUUGCAUGAAGUGCCAUGCAGUAUACAAUGUAUCACACGUCCUAACCAGAAUAAAACAGUUCAAAAUGACGUUA